CGGCUCCCGCCCCGCCCCGGAGGCGGCACCGCCGGGAGAGCAGCGCCGGCUGAGGCAGCCUCGCUCCGCAUCGCCGCUCGCCGCGCACGGCAGGAUUUGCCCGCGGAAGAUUAGGGAAGAAGCAUGACCAAGAUGAACUGCAUCCUGCUGACCACCUGCAUUGUUCUGAUUGCUUUUUGUGGCUCUGGUUCUGCCUUAAGAUGUUACCACUGUGACAACAGCCCUACCCUGUGCAGGACCAACAGCACCUGCUUAGUGACUGAAGACACUUGCUUGCAGUUAAAAUUUGGUAAAUUGAGAACUUUCUCCUGCUGGAAGACAUCCCAGUGCAAUGUGAAUGAAAUUGCUGAUUCCUUCCUGUUGGAUAAUUUUGAAUUCUUUUGCUGCCAACACGACCUGUGCAAUGAGAGUGCAAUUACUGGGGUUAACAAAGCAGCCUUCAGUAUUGCUUCUGUAAUGGCCAUGUUAUGGAUGCUCCUGUAAUAAUCCUGAUUGGUACGCUGUCCUUUCAAGAUGAAGUUACACAAAACCAUUAACUCUUUUCUAUAUAGCAUAUUUUCAGCUCCAGUCCAUAGGCAGAAAUAUUCCUGUGUAAUUUUGUUUCUCAAGGUUCUGUCUGUUCUGUUCUGUGUGUUGUUACCACUUAGUGGGUGUUUUAAUCUGUCCCCCUGCUCCUGGGGAAUAUCAGCUCUAGGGAAGUCAUGUUACCUUGUGGAGAGCCUGGGCAAACUCCAGUGGGUGAUGCGAAGGAGAAGGAACACUACAGCUUUUCUGCUGGAAACUGUCAUUUUUUUCCUGUCCCAUUAACUGUCAUUAUUUUUGGUUGGCAUUUCUGUGGGUUUUGAUUUGUUUUGCUUUGGAUCCUCCUUGUCACAAACCAAGCAGUGGAUUUGCCCUCAACACAAGAAGUAUUGGACCAUAACUGUACCUUGAUGCAGUCUUUGUGAUGAAUAUGGAAAUAUUCAGUUUCAAGUCAUGUAAACACUUUGUUCCCAUCACUGUACCUGGUUUUUUUUUUUUUUUUCCUACAAGCCAAUGAUAUAACCUUGUCAAGUGCUGUUAUUUUGGGAGAAAGCAUCAACAUUUCUUAAGCCAAAACCAAAAUAUUGCUGUAAGUGAGAAACACUUCUCUUUUUUUUUAAUAUAUAUAUAUAUUUCUGUGAGCAUGUAGACAACAUGUGAUAGCUUCUUUUUGGAUUUUCCUCAUACAUUACCCAUGCUUAGGAUUUUAAGUGAGCAUGUGCUUUGCACUGAGUAUUUAUUGGUAUACUGAAAAUCAAUCAUAAAAUGCUGAGGAGUUGAAAUGGCACAUGUAGGUUACUUCCUCACCUAGUUAGCUUUUGGGUUUUGUUGAAAACAGUGACAUGUAAACUUAACCCUUCAAGCUUCCACCUAAGAUUAUUAAAAUCUUGCAGAACUUUCUUUCCAUAAAUGGCAAUGCACAGUAUAGGUGUGUAUUUAUAUAGCAUGAACAAUACCUGCUCCAUCUGUAGGUGUGAGAGGUCAAAUCCUGAAAUACUUAUAUUGCUCUGCUCCGUGGUGGAGACAGACCUUGGGACAGUCUCUGGUACCUGGGGACCCUCUCAGACAGGUGGGAUGCCAGAUCCUCCUUCUUCUUCUUCUGGAGCUGCUGGCAUAUCCCUGCCAGAGUUGUGUCCAUUGCCAAUGGGAUAUCCUCUUCCUGAGGACCCUCACUUGUGCUCGUGACACCAGUGACACCAGUGACAACAAGGGUGUUGUUCCAAAUCUCUGAUAUAAUCCACAAUGUACCUUUUGGUUGAGUUUAUUGUAGCUAUGAAAGUGUCCUGGGAUCUUUCCCAUCACUCUAAAUACAGAAGUUGUCCUGUCUUUGAUAAAUAAAAAUGUCAAAAAAGAA